UAGUGUGGUUGCUUACAGAGCUAGCAAUGACACUCCCACGAGCCUGCUUCUUCCUCCUUUGUUUUCACUUACUGUCUCCACUGUUAUACAGAACCUCCGGUGCAGCUUUCAGCUCAUCAGUUCUCCAAGUUCUUAACUGCUCCACAUCUGGUAACUAUACUACCAGCAGCACCUACGCGGCAAACGUGAACCACCUCCUCGCCGCGCUACGGGGGAACACCGUCUCCAAAAACGGCGGCUUCUAUAACGGCACCGCCGGCGAGGGCCCAGACACAGUCUAUGGACUUGCCAUGUGCCCCGCCGACUACUCGCGUGCUGACUGCGGCGACUGCCUCACGGCUGCUGCUGGCAGCAACGCUGAUGGUCUGACCAAUCGCUGCCCCGGGAGCACCACCGUGCUCGCCAUGUUCGACCGGUGCCUCCUCCGCUACUCCAACGCCAGCUUCUUUGGUACACCUGAAAUAGGUAUCGUCCAGGCGUUGGGCGGUGACAUGGUCAGGACAUCGGCGACUUAUGGCCAAACGGUGGCGCAGACCCUGAAUGACAAUACCAAUGAGGCGAUAACCUCGCCGCAGCGUUUAGCAGCAAGUGCAGGGGCUCCAUAUGUGUUUGUGCAGUGCACGUGGGACCUGCAGGAGGACAAAUGCAAGCAGUGCCUAGACGCACUGUCUGCCAGUGCGACGAACCUGUUUGCCAUUAGAACAGAAGGCCAGCCGAAGAGUUAUAGCUGCACUGUCAGGUACAGCAACACGAGCUUCAUGGUUGUGCCGUUCACUGCUGCUUCUUCAGGACCUACGCCGCAAUCUGUAGAUCAAGCGGGUACGGGGACGAGUACAUCAGCUCCUUCCUCGGGCUCCCAUGGUUCUCGAGCAAUUAUUGUCGCUGGAAUUGUCAUUGCCGUUGUUGUGGUGUCUUGUCUAGUAGCUUCGCUUUGGUACAUGCUUAAACUACGACGAUGCCACCAUACAUUCCGUAGAGGAGAAGUUUCUUCGAGCUGUGUCAAAGUACACGAUGGAAGGUUCACUUAUCAGCAAUUGCAGCAUGCAACGAGUAAUUUUGCAGACGAAGAGCGGCUUGGACAGGGCAGCUACGGCAUUGUCUAUAAAGGCAGACUGGAGGUGGAGGGCAUAGAAAGGCAUGUGGCUAUAAAAAGGAUUAUAGAUACGGUGUCAGAUCAAUCGAGGAAGUACUUUGCUAAUGAGAUAAGUAUCAUGAGACGGGUAAACCAUAGGAACAUUAUACAUCUAGUCGGUUUGUGCGAGGAAGGUGACAAUCUCUUGCUUGUCUAUGAACUAAUGGAGAAUGGUAACCUUGAGAACAAACUUUACCCUAGGAAUGGUGCCAUGGAUUUGGAAGUUUACAGCCAAAUGGAUCCAGCAACCACACCUCUAUUGCUAGACUGGCACAAAAGGUUAAACAUACUAGCUGGAAUAGCCUCUGGUCUUGUAUACCUCCAUAGUGAAUGUAAGGAACGCCUCCUGCAUAGGGAUAUUAAGCCAGGUAAUGUGAUGCUGGAUAACAGCUUCAAUGCCAAACUAUGUGACUUUGGGCUUCUGACGCAAGUGAGCCAUACCAAAACAUCACGCACCACAGAGCACAUAUGUGGGACACCGGUUUACAUCGACCCAGUAUAUGUGGACACCAGCAGGGUAUGCGAGCAAAAUGACGUCUACAGCUUUGGCAUAUUAAUGCUUGAGGUUGUAUGUUGUGAGAAACCAAAACUACUUGGUACCAGAAAUAGCCUCAUUGAAAAGGUCUGGACAUGCUAUCAGAGUAACGGAAUUCUUAAUGCAGCCGACCAACGUCUGAGGGGCCAGUUUGAUGACCAAAUUACACGAAUGCUGAUGAUCGGACUCUCGUGCGUCCAGCCAGAUCGCCGUCUACGUCCACAUAUCAGAAGAGUGAUGGAAUGCUUGACGAACCAGACGGCUCGGUUACCUUCGGUCUCCACCUCAAGUUAUAUAACUGUCACACUGUGGGAGAAUGGACCAGUUUCCUCAACCUCCGAUAACUGUGCUUCAACUGAAGAUGGGUACAUCACAUGUCCCACUGUGCUCCGUGCGCAGCCAGGGAUUGUUGAAGACGCUACUGGCACGACACCCUUCCUGUCUGGCCCAUGAUGGCGUGAUAAUUGUCGACCAUAUGCUAAAUGGUCUGUCUAUAUACAGAUCUUGUUUUAUCUGUUUA